ACGGGAAAAAAAUAGAGUUGGUUUUGAGUUGCCGAAAAGUGCUUUUUCGUAUUCAGAACACUUGAUAAUCCCGAAAAUUUUCUAUUUUUGACGAGGGGUACUUCCAAAAGUUUAGGACAAAUUUCGAAAGAAACUUUCCAUAGGAAAAUAAUAUUGGUUUGAAAAUUGUUCCUCAACUUUUGGAAGUACCCCUCGUCAAAAAUAGAAAAAUUUCGGGAUUAUCAAGUGUUCUGAAUACGAAAAAGCACUUAAAGUGCCAAAAAUUUUGGCAACUCAAAAUCAACUCUAUUUUUUUUGUUUCGGUGACAUGCCUUGAAAUAAACUGGCCCAGUUGAUUUAAACUUUUCUAUUCAGACUUGGACUUGAACGAAUCAAGACUGCAGGAGCUAUGGUUUAAUUUUGAGUGUUUUGAAGAAAUGAAGAAAAGCAUUAAAAUCUUCACAUCAUCACGUGGGUUGAACUAACAUAACAUAAGAGUGAAGGUACCAUCAGGUGUCAGGCACUUGGUCGCUCUUGUUUGUUGUACGACACUCGAACGGAUCAGUUUUGUAGCAGUGCAAUAUUCACGGCAAAUGUUUCUAAUGAGUCGGUGGAGAUAAUUGAAGUACGGAAUAUUCGUAUGACAAUUCAAGCACGUCUUCGAAAAAACUGUCGCAUUUCAAAGUGGAAGUUUUUCCUCUGUACUUCUUUUUUUGAUUGUGCUAUUUUUCAGUUUAAAAAUAGGUCAGUUUAAACUAGAGAACCUCAGUCUGAACUUCAUUCUCAAUCGAUAAAAUUCCACUCGGACGGCGCUUUAUUACUCAAAGUGUUGGCUGUUUUAAUGGGGUCGUUCAAAAUCGGUUUUUUUCGUUUAGGUUAAAAAUAGGUUAUCAAUGGUGCAACCUACCUACAACCUACCUACAACCUAGCCUAUAAAAAAUUUCAUAACCUAACCUAAUCUAGGUUAGGUUUGAUUUAACCUGCAGGACUCUAAAGGUAACUUCAAAUCGAACCUUUUAUCAGGUGUCGUGGAUACGGGAAUAUCUGAUUCAUAUCUCGCCUGUAACAAUGACACAUCAUACACGGCUAAAAUGAAUGCUAUCUAUCGAACAACAACAAAAUACAGAGGUUUAAACUUUUAUCAUUUGUUGUUGGAAAAUAAUGUGUUCGGCAAAGGCUUUUUACCGGUAUUCAGUGGAGGGCGCUCUUGUGCCGUUCAAGAAAAAAGUCUUGGUGAAAGACAAAAAUGCGAAACUCAUAGUGAAUUGAAAAUGGCAUUUUGAAAUGAUUCAAUGCGAAUGGUGAUACGAAAGAAGAGUAAAGUAUUGAGGUAAGGAAGGUGCCGGUAAUUCAGAAGUACAGCAAGAAUUUUUUUUUUGGCAUGGAUGGAUAGAGCUCAUAGAGUUGCAUCGGAAAAACACAACCCCACAUUUUAAGAGGUCAUUUUUUGUUGGAAAGAUUUAAAAGUACCCAUAUUUUGAAAAUAAGCUAAAAACAGUGAAAUUUUCCAAAAUAAGGAGAUUUUUCAUACAUAUUGUUUUUCUAAUAUUCCAAACCUAUUAUUGUCUGAUUCUCCAUCGAAAACUGAAUAUAAGAAACUGAAUUCCAAAAUUUUAAAGUUGAAAUUGCCCGCCAAAUCCACGGAACAAGACCAGAAUCGUGUCAAAUUUGCAAACGUAUCUAGUUUUUUUCAUUGAAAGACUAAGCAUUAAUUGUUAUUUCCUUCUAAUCAGUAUACUUGUAGGAAAAAAAGUAUGCCACGCUUUUUUAGAAAUAUUUAGUCGUUUUCGAGAAAAGUCAAUUUUUCUAAAUCACAAAAAAAGUCGGAAUCAUUAAAUCGGUUUUGACAAAACAAGCUUUUAAAAUUUUUCGAUUUGGUGACAUGCACGUUACAUGAGCGCCUAGUAAAGUGCUAAAACAUGUUCAUAUUUCAACUUCAUCAGUUUUUUCGGUUUUUGAUUCUCUAAUAACCAUAGAAAACCAUCAUUUGUGCUCUCUUGCUUCGCUGAAGCCAUAAAAAAAUAUUUUUCGCUUUCAGAUCAUUCUUUUUCUGAGCAAACGAUAAGAAAAAAGCUGAUACUGGGAGAGAGGCUCAUUUAGUUGAAUUUUAUUCGGUCAUAGCGACAUAUUUAAAAAUGUUCCAAAGGAGAUCUCAAUCGAUAAAAGAUUCCACAGCGUGAGCCAUUGUUGUACUCCAUUCGGUUUUCAAUUUAUUUUACACGGUUUAUUUUGAAGAAAGUUCUCUUUGUCGGAAAAAAAACAUUCUGAUACAUCUAUCGUUUUUCCCAAAACUUAAAUUGUGGAAAAUGGAUUCAAAAAGCAACAGUUAUUACAAAAAUGAGACAGAUAGAAAAUAAAAAAGGUCUCCCACAAUACCUGUGUUAUCGUUCGCACGAAGGAGAUGGAGCAAGCGGGUGUUCAUGUGAUAGAUUCAUUUACACUUCUGUUCUGAGUCAAAGCCAUGGCAUAUCGCUGUCCACAAAAAAGACAAAUACAAAAAAUUGUCUAGACAAAAGUUGAAUUUUUAUUUAUUUUGAAAAAAAUAGACUUAUCGCCUGGUAAAAUUUUUGUGGCUAUAUGUUCAAUUUAGUCCUGUUUCCACUAUUACUAGUAAGAAAAUGAGAAUAGGCAGUGGACUGGAUGGUUCUUUAAAUUGUUUUCGUUUAAUGAACUGGAAUAAAAUUAAGUCGAUCGAUAAGAACAAUGGAAUUUAGGUCGAAUUGUUUUGCUAAAUUUAUUAAAUAACUGAUAAACUCGGAAAUUCUGUACACUUUUCUGAUUAGCAUCGGUCACGAUGACAUAACUCGGAGCUUCCAGUCGUAUACACAACCAUCUCAUAACCUCAUUAAAUCAAAAACUGGUCACAAGUGCUACACGGUUCUAAUACUAUUCGGGACAGCAAACAUAAGAAUAUAACAGGAAAAGUUAGAUGCCACUUAAGUUCUCGAGACUUCAACCAUGAGGACGAAAUAUAGUAAUCGUUUAGAACAUUUGUAUUCAGAUUUAUGUACCAAUUGCCUAGGAUAAAAAUUUCAGUAAAUGAAUAACAUCAUGAAUAAAUGAAUGUUGAUACUUGUAGAUGAGAGAAAUAUUAUUUGGAUUAAUACGACUUAUGAUUCACGGACUAUUGAGUCAGCUUAUACAUUUUUAGUUUAAACUUUUUCAUAAUUCUUUAAUGCAAAAAAAAUGCUAUCGUUAAACGGGCAAAUAGCACAAUAUUAAACACUACUUGAUCAAUUGUUAGUUUAAAAUAAUAAUGAUGCAUGGUAUUAAUAUAGAUGUGACAUGAUAGAACAUGACAGAAUUCGAGGUAUUUGACAACUCUUCUAAUUUGAAAUAGAUUAUUUGAAAAAUAAAAGAAAAUACAAAACAGAUAGUUAUGAAUAUGAAAUAACAUGUAAUUAAUUGGUAAUUCUACACAACAGGAAUCUAAUGUAUUUAAAAACUAGGUCACAGAAUGAUAAAAUAAAGAGACAAAGACAAAUAUACACACACGCACUUCAUGAACGAAACACGAGAUCUGGGAAGUUUUUUUCAUAAUAUUUUACACAAAUAUUACGAAAAUAUACAAACAUUUGCUCAAACGAAAAAAAUGCUAUCAGAGAUUUAAAUACCAGAUUUGUAGAAAAUUUAAGUCUCUGUCGAAUGAGACUAAACCCACAUUUUUAAAUCACUCAGAAAUGUUCCAAAAAUCGCAAUCAAAGACUGUCAGGUGACUUUUGGAUCAUCCUGUAUUUAAUACUCGAAAAAGUCCAGUGCGAUUUGCUUUCUUGCUUGCUGAUUAACAAUCAAGUACAAUAUUCACUCUACAUCCAGCUAAGGACUAGCUCCUCCUCUUUGUCAGAUAUAAUAUAUUGAAUAGCUGAACUAGCUUAAUUUGAAAUUCUAACUUUGUAUAAACAAGAAGAAAAAAAAAGCAAUUAAAAUCGUAUUUACUUUAUUCGGUAUUGUCUUUGAAGGUGCUAAUUUAUAUUUGACUUGUUAAGAUAGAGGUGUUGUUUUCCUUCUACUUCCUGUUCUAUGAAGGUAAGUUAUUUGCAUAUUUUAAUCUUAUUUACAUUGAAUUUGAAUGAUUAGAGAAUGUAUACAUCGACAAACAAUUAAAAUUGGUUUUUUUUUUCUUUUUUUUGAAUAAGAGAAUAAAAAUUCUGUUCAAUAAUAAUUUAACAAUAUUAUUUGGCGGUAAAAUAUCGUACUAAGAUGUUGUAUUUAGCAAUUAUUCCACUGCUUUUUGUCAGUUAUUGUUCCACAACUUCAUCUGUAUCUAUUGCCCCACAUGGUGGAUAUUUAUUGAUUGAUGAAGGUUUAGAAUAUUAUCUAUCGUGUAAUGCACAACAAGACAAACAAUUGAAACAAGUACAAUGGUUAAACCCAAAACAAGAAGUUAUCGGUAGCAAUAAUGGCUCAGAUCGAAUUUAUAAUAUAUUUAUUAAAACGUUAUUUACUAUUAAGUCGGUGUUAGUUGUCCAAUGGAUGGAUAAGAGUCUCAUUGGAUUAUACAAAUGUCAAGCAACAUAUGAAAAUGUGACUAUAGAAGAUUUUGUUUAUAUUGAUAUUGCGCAAACACCACGCGAUAUGAUGAAACAAAUUAAAUUUAUGGGCACUACACAAAACAAUUAUACAACAUUUGAAGGAUCAGACUUAAAAAUACCAUGUUAUGCUCAAUAUUUUAGUGAAAAACCAAUGGAUUCACCGUAUAUACCACAUCUAUUGUGGUUUUUUGAUAAUAUACAAAUUUUCAGCGAUUCAUUAUUUCAUAUGACACGAGAUAAAUACAAUCUAACUCAAGACUCUUUAUUAAUAAAAAAUUUUUCUCUAAAUGAUCAAGGCAUCUAUUAUUGUCGUGCAUUUAUAACACUUCGAGAUGAAUUAAUUACAAAAAUUUAUCCAGUCUAUGUUCAACUAAAAGAAUCAAGAUGGAAUGAAAAUAUGACAGAAUUUUUAGAAAAUUCUACCAAUUCACUCGAUGUUGAACUUGGUUUAAAUUAUACAUUUUUCUGUGAAAGUAAUGAUACAUCAGUUCAUCUACAAUGGCAAGCAUUAAACGGUUCAAUUAUUUCAAAAGUAAACAUUGAAAAUGUUACACAUCAAACAAUCAUCUCCUAUACACUAGCCAUGUUUCCCAAUCGAUUAUAUCUUCAAAUUUCACCAGUAACAUCUAAAAAUAUUGAUACAUAUAUUUGUAAAAGUUCAACAGCUCGAAAUCAGGAAGAAAUUAUUUCUAUUACUUUAGUACCGAAUAAUAUUGCUGAAUUAUAUGGAAUUUCAUUUCAUUCCGCAACCAUUUCUCACUAUAAUGUGCAUGUGGGUGAUGAUGUAUUUAUUGCUUGUCGUCCAGAAUUUCUUAAUUUUAGUCGAACUCUUAAAUUUUCAUUAAUUCCAAUAAUGAAAAUUAAAAAAUACAAAAAAUUUAUAUCAGAAAAUGAUGAUCAACAUUUUAUUGUAAAUGAUGGUUUACAUAUUAAAAAUGUUCAAAUAAAUGAUAGUGAUUUAUAUGCUUGUAUUGGCACAAUAUUAAUACCAGGAAAUAUUGUUACAUCAAUUUAUCCGAUAAUGCUCAAUGUUUCAUAUUGUUCAUAUGUUAUUGUGCCCUAG